UUAAAUUCUACCUUACUUAACAUUAUUAUUCAUAUUUUGUAAUUCUGAAUGAUUAAUUGUUAAUAGACUAAUAGUUAUACAUUCAAUCAAUCCCAAAAUCAAUCAAGUUACCGUUGUCACUCUUCUAGUUCAUUAAAACAGUGUUUUGAACUUAAUUAAUUAAACUGGAAUGUCAAAAUUAUUGAAAAAAAAAAAAGGAAAAAAGAAAAGCAAGCUUUUGAAAAGACAAGGACCUCUUUAAAGAAUCUUUUAUCAAUCAUAAUUCUAAGGUGCAGCAAUGGGAGUCUUCUACCUAGUACUUUAAAAAAAAAAAAAAAAUGUUGAAAGAAAGAGAGAGAGAUUGGAGAGCAAGCUGAACGUCGGAUCAAUAUCAAAAUUAUAUUGAAGAAAAGGACAAAGAAAAGCAUGCUUUGAAAAGAAAUUAGCGGCUUUUAAAAAACCUUUUAUCAAUCACAAUUCUAAUGUGCAGUAAUGGGAGUCUUCCUUGUAAAAGAAAUAUAUAACCUUAGAAUUUGGAAUUUGGAAUUUGGAUCGAUACAUAUAACCUUUCUGGUACCCUAAAUGGAGAGUAAGGGUCCAAAGAGAGAACUUGGAGGACAUCACGAAGACUCAGUAAUAUUACCAGCUGAAGUUACAAGAUCACUAAGAGAUGUCCAACCAGGGGACUAUCUAUUCAAAAUAGAGUCUUUCUCAAUACUUUUGGAAUCAGAUGUUGAAAAGUAUGAAUCAAAUGAUUUUGAAGCUGGUGGUUAUAAAUGGAGAUUGUCUUUGUAUCCGAAUGGUAACAAGAAAAAAAAUGUGAAGGAUCACAUCUCAUUGUACUUGGUAAUAGCUGAUACAGCUAAACUUCCUCGUGGUUGGGAAGUUAAUGUGAACUUCAAAUUAUUUGUUUUUGAUCAUUUGCAUGACAAGUACUUAACCAUCCAAGAUGCUGGACAAGUAAGGCGCUUUCAUGCUAUGAACACUGAUUGGGGUUUUGACCAAUUUCUUUCACUGGAUAUAUUCAAAAAUCCCUCAAAUGGGUACCUUGUAGAUGAUUGCUGUGUAUUUGGCGCAGAAGUUUUUGUGAUUAAUUAUGCAGGCAAAGGGGAGUGUUUAUCAAUGAAAAAAGAACUAUAUAACAACAUCUACACCUGGAGGGUUGUUAAGUUUUCAUCAUUAAGUAAAGAAUGUCUUUACUCUGAUGAGUUCAAACUUAACGAAUGGACGUGGUAUCUAGAGCUCUUUGCCAAAGGAGAUGAACAAUCAGAUGGCCAAAGUCUCUCCCUCUAUCUUGCAGUGGCUGAAUGUGAAAAACUUCCUCCGAAUUGGAAAUUAUAUAUCAAAUACAAGCUGAGGGUUAAGGACCAAGUCAAUAGCAGACACUAUGAACGUGAAGCUCAUUGCUGCUUUCAUGCCUCCGAUUAUAGUUGGGGUUUCAAGAACUUCAUGUUUCUUAGCAAUCUCAAUGACUUAUCAAAGGGCUUUUUAUUGAAUGAUUCCAUAAUGGUUGAAGCUGAAAUUUUGGCCUUGUCUGUUAUUAAGAAUUUCACAUAAAAAGUUGUUAUUCUAGGCACCUUGUGUAUGUGUAGGGAUUCUUCAUCUCUCUUUAAUUACCUUUUGGUACUCAAUUUCAAUAGUAAGCUUCCCUAUUUUUUCUCUUUGC